AUGGUUGCAAAUGCUUCUUUUGACAAGCUCAUAGAGGAGUUAAAAACCCUUGUGAACGAGCAGUGUCCAUCUGAUGUCCUCCAACUUUGCUUCGAUUUCUUUGCUAGUAAACUGAGAAAUGAGCGUAAAGAGAUGCUUCGCAUGGAUGAAGUAAUGAGUGAAGGCAUUAGCGAAGAUGAUCUGAAUGAAAUGCCAGAAGAGCCUGAAGCGGUGGGUCCUGAAAAGCUGCACACUCCUGAAGCCGGUGGACUGAAAGAAAUGAACGUUUCAUAUCCUCAGAACUACAACUUCUUGCGAAGAAAAUCCGUUUCUGCCGAGUCUAUGAACCCCAACUCAUUUAUGAGGCUACCUCGACCACAAGUUCCCUUGAAAUCACCUGAAGAGCUGGAACAUUUGAAGAAAGCAGUGGGCCACAACUUUUUGUUUAAAAAUUUGGAUGAAGAGCGAUACUUGGAAGUGUUGAGUGCUAUGACGGAAAAGCGUAUUGGCGAAGCUGGUGUAACAUUAAUCGUACAGGGCGCAGAGGGUGACUACUUUUACAUUGUAGAAAAGGGCGAAUUUGAUGUGUACAAACGUAACGAACCAAAUAUUUCGACGGAAGAAGUACUGGCCACAGGUUAUGGUGAUUAUGUCGGUACAAUAUCUCCAGGGGAAUACUUUGGCGAACUCGCUUUGAUGUACAACGCACCUCGGGCAGCGACCGUUGUAUCCAAGACUCCCGACUGUAUUUUGUAUGCUCUGGAUCGAGCAAGCUUCCAUCGUAUCGUAUUUGAAAAUGCUUUUCGCCAGCGCCGUAUGUACGAGAGUUUACUGGAGGAAGUUCCCAUUUUGUCGGGUUUGGACAAAUACCAGCGUCAAAAAAUUGCAGAUGCCCUUCAAACCGUUGUUUAUCCAGCCGGAGGCAUUGUAAUCCGUCAAGGAGACAUUGGAAAUCAGUUUUAUUUAAUUGAAGAUGGUGAAGCAGAGGUGUGCAAAGAAGGCAAAGGUGUCGUGGUCACACUGGGUAAAGGCGAUUACUUUGGAGAAUUAGCUCUGAUUCACGAGACAGAGAGAACAGCAACGGUGCGUGCGAAAACGCGCCUAAAGCUGGCCACUUUUGACAAGCCUACCUUCAAUCGACUUUUGGGCAAUGCCAUUGACUUGAUGCGCCAACAGCCUCGGGCCGAGCUGGACUUCAAGAAAGAGGAAGAACAGAGGCGCCUUGAAUCUCCUCAUGGAACAACCGAAGCAUAA